AUGGCAAGACUAUUUCGAAUAGUUACCUUUCGACGCCUUCUGAUCGACGAUUCUGAGUUGGGCUUCUUCUCAGAAGCAACCAAGGGAGAAAAGGUCGUGAGACUAUCGUAUAUCCGCUACCUAUGCCUGAGAAUCGAGCUUCGCAACUAUAAUUAUCCGCAAUGCGAUGAGGUAGAGAGUCGUGAUACGAAAAAGUGGAAUAAUCAGAUAUUUACUCAUUCGCUUAAGAAACUGUUCCAAGUUCUCUGCCGCUGGAAACCUCUUGAUAAUCGGGACACUGGGUUGAUAUUCGAGAUCACAGCUUACUCACCUGGCGAUAUUGAUUGUUGUCCCGAAGCAUCAAUGGAAUACGAUCUACAUAGCAAAUUCCAACUUGAAGGGGACUUGACAAGUCAGCCAUCUAUCACAGAGUUCAUGGAUACCAAAGAGUUUAGAGGUAUGCUCAUGCUUGGCAAGAACUGGCAUAGGCCGAGAACCAUGGAAAGGUUGCAGCGACUCCGUGGAACAACGCUUAAACUAAGCACAAAGGAAAAUCCCAAGCCAGCCCCGAUUGUUCAUACCCUCUGGAUACGUCAUCAGUUUCAUCGAGGAGUAGGCCCCAGGAGCUUGGCACGGCUCUUGUGUAAAACUUUGGUAAAUGUCGCUUCUCUCCGAUUGGAGGUUUUAUCAAGUUUGGAAGAGCCACAAUUCCAAGGUCAAUAUGAUGCGUCGGAAGAUAUAUAUCCAGAAAACCCCCCUAAUUGGAACGAAUUUAUUCUUGUGCUUCCCCGUCAUAUCCAACACUUCUCCUUCAACCUAUUUUCCAGAACACAAACGGGGUCCGAAUACCUCAGAACAAAAGAAUGUCUUGGAGAGCCACGAAUUGGCAAUCGAUCAAAACUGACACAGCUAUGUCUGCAAAUUGGGGGAGAUUUCUCCGAAGACGUCCUUCGGUUCCACCAAAAUGAUAUCAAUAGAGCCGUGAAAAUAUCUGCCGUUACAGUCCGGAGUUUGCCAAAAUUUCAGAUUCUGGAAUUAUGGGGUUGCGAUGGGAUCAAUACCUUCAUGUUCAGAUAUGAGCUUGUGAAAGACCAUGUUACUAUUACAUGGAGAGCAACUGAAGACUGGAUCACCUUGGAGGGAGAGAAUAUACAAGAGUGGGCUAAAGUGGCUGAAGGAUAUAACGUGGGCUUUUCAGCAAAGAAGGAGCCGUUUCUGAGGGUCACGCGCGGCGGCAUGCAUAUUGACGGGAAGAUCAUCUAUCGACAUAUGAAGCUAUGCGAUCUGGCGAUGAAUCCUGUUACUUGGCUUACAUUGAGACAAGGCGAGCCUGGUAGAGCAGAUGGAAGGACGAAAGGCUCGGGUUGA